UACUCUUGAGCUCUGUUAGGGUUAAGUCAGAUAGCUUUAUAGAGGAAAAUGGGGUUUGGUUUGGACGACUUGUUUCCAUAUCUCGAGGUCAUUUCCACCGUUGCAGCGGGUAUGUUUGUCGGAGGUGCGGUGUACAUCAAUGUUGUUGAACAUCCCGCCCGAAUGACGAUUCAAGAUACUUCAUCUUGUCACAAAGAGUGGAUGGAAAGUUUCGAUCGAGCGAAGGUUUUCCAGAGUCGCUUGGCGUUAGUCUCUAUAAUUUCUGGAGCUGGUGCAUACUACUGUAACCCAAAAAAGGGUCUUCCUUUCCUUGUCGGAGGAGGUCUGAUUGCAACGAUCUUCCCGUAUACGCUGUUCGUUCUGAAACCAAACUCGAUUGACCCCAUUUACGACAAAGAAGUGACCGCCAGAAAGAGUGAGGGUGUCGUAAGGGAGACCAUAGACAAGUGGAACAGCUAUCACAUGGUCAGAAGCAUUAUUACCUUUCCAGUUUUUGUGGGAUACGUCUUGUACCUUUCCAGUGGCCAUAAAAAGUUCUGGUGAAGAUGGGGACAAAUUGUGACAGUCACAUGACAUCAUAAAUAUAUUAUGUUAUGCAGUAGUUAGUUUUAUUACGAUCGAAGUUUGGAUCUCUUUCACCUAUGUAACCUGCGGGCGUAUCGUUUAUUGAAACAAAAGGGGGAUUUUCCUUAUUUUCUUAAAUUCACAACAUGGAAUUUAUCUACCUUCAUCAGCUUUCAAGAGAGAGUGCUCAGUAUUUUCUAGGUGAAAAUUAGAGCUGCCAUCUUUGAUUUUUACAACAGCAGAGGCUGGGGGGGGGGGUGGGGGGGAGAGAGAGAAAGAAAUUUAAAUGGGGUGAGUAACAUUCAGUAGGUGGUGGGUGGUGGUGCAAAAGAAAUUACUUCUCUCAUUUCCCUGCCUCCUUCCCCCACUGUCCUCUCCAACUAUCAGUCAAACUUGGCUGGUUAAAUAAAUGUUUGUGAGCUUGGUAAGAUUAUUUGCCUUAAUAAGACAUCUGUACAGCGGACUAGGCUUGCAAUCUGUAAUCAACCUAGUGUUUGAUAUCAUACAGGAUAUGGGAUGGAUUCAUAUUGGUCUACAAUCAGAUAUUCCCUUUUUCUAAGGAGCACAAGAGUGCAGCAGCAGCUCAAGGUUCUUAACCACCAACUCAACACUGCUACACUUUUGUGCUCUCCUAGCUAAGAUAGAACUCCUAAUUGCUGGUAAGGUUUACUUAACCACUUAGGUCAAUUUUUCUGUAGCAUAAACAUUUGUCAUAGUAACGAGUUAAACUUCUAAACAUACCCUAGGGGUCACUUUUUUUUUCUGCAGGUAGUCAAGUGUUUCAAGGCCCAGUUGUACAAAGGGCAGAUAAUGCCAUUCAACAGGCCCUGGUUGUUUGAAGGGUAGAUAACACUAUCCACUGGAUAAAUUGUCAUCCAGCAGAUAUUGUAGUGUGUUUUGUUAACACUUAACUACUGGAGAGCACUAUGCAGCCUUUGAACGAGCGAGGCCAGACAAAUAUCUCUCCAGUGGAUUGGAGUUAACAAAAGGCACUGUGCUAACCUCUGGAUAGGGCUUUAUACAGUGGAUAACUGUUGAAUAACUAGGGCCAGAGGUAUAGAUAUUUUCAUGUUGUGUUGUUGGAGACUAGAGGCAUAUGUAAUAGUUAACAAGUUGAUUUGCAAAUGUGGGAAAA